GCAGCCCCAAGACAGGUUAUUCCAAGAUGAAGGCUUUCCUUGUGCUCCUGCUGGGAGCGCUCCUGUGCGUGGACUCAGCUUCAUCCUUGCAGUGCUACAGCUGCACCUCCCAGCUCAGCAACUCCAAGUGCCAGACGGUGAAGACGUGCGGAGAGAACAACGUGUGCAAGACGGACGUGAUCCGGGUCGUGGGGCUCUUCAGCAUCAUCAGCAAGGGAUGUGACUCCUCGUGUGACCCAUCCUACCAGGACUUCAACGUGGGCAACAGGAACAUCUCCUGCUGCAGCAGCGACCUCUGCAACGCCAACGCUGCGGGCAGCGUGAGGUCCAGCUACGGGCUGGCCGGAGGGAUAGCGGCUGGAGUGCUCUGGACCAUCGUCAACAACAAAUUCUGAGGAGCAAAGAUGCCUCCCAUGACCACAGAAAGUCUCAGAGCACCCCUCUAAUAACAGGAACCCUAACCAGGAGCAGUGGGGUGUGUUGGGCACCCAGCACCCCAGGAGCUGAUGGCAACUCUUUGCCAUAUGAUGGCUUCUGCUUUAAUCUCAUUGCAAAGCUCCUGUGCUACCAGAUAAGAAAAGGUGUGUUCAUGUUAUCUGCAAAACACCUAAAAUAAAGUUAUUUCUCCACCAA